AAACCUGAAAUGGCGGAAGGAAAUUCUCUAACGCAUUUGCUCCAAAAAUCGCAGGAACUGAUAGCUUUGGGAACGGCACACGCCACCGCUAUUCGACAUAAGUAUGAACAGUUUGUCCUACUCAAUCCAGAGACAAUUUCGAGGGUGGAAUCCAUUUUGCGGGCGCUGUCGUAUAUGCUUCCCGGACGGUUUGGAGCGUCCGAGGCACUGCCCGAGCUUGUGUUUUCAGCAUCGCAAAUUUUGACUCUGCUGAACGAUUGCAUAUUUCGUGAAGGAGGAAGCAGUCUAACAAGCGAUGUGACAUCCUCAUGGAGUAAAAAACGCAUCUUGUUGUGGCUGACUAUCCUCGAAUAUUUGGAGGUUUUUAUCGAACUUGGAGCUAGUCGUUUGUGGGGUGAAGUAGGGAAAUGGAUUAUUGUCGUGAUUUUGCAAAUAGCAAAGGCUGCGUUGAGAUUCGUCUUAUUAUUCAAGUAUAAAUCAGGAAUCCAACGGACACCUCUGAUUCCACCCUUUGAUCGAUCAAAGCUGGUUAAACCCGAGGAAGUGGAUCGUGAAGAUCAAGACAAUUUUGGAAGGCUUAACACUUCAGACGAAGCUGUCCCAAAUGAGGAAACAUCACAGACGAACGGCUAUACGGGACCAGUUUGGCGAGGGCCUCGAUCAGGAAGGGUUGUAAGGUCCCUUAGUGCCCCACCAUGUGGCCCAAAUCGUUCCUGGAAACUUCCAGAGGGAACCUCUAAAACCAAGACGGCCUCUCAACCAACCGAUCUUUCCUCCAGGAGAAUUGUAGCAGAGAGCCUUUACAUCUCAAGACCCCUGCUUCACGUUUCAAGUAUGUUUGUGUUUGGACAAACCUCGUGGAAGCCUUGGUUGAUUUCUUGUGGAGUUGAUGUCACAUCAUUAGCCCUAAUGGGUGAUUCAAGUGAACUGAAUCAUGAGGAAAGAUCAGAAUUGUCUAGAAGAACAUUCCUGCUUCUUUUUUAUCUUUUACGAUCUCCAUUUUACGAUAACUACUCAAAGACCAAGAUUCUAGGUUUCCUGAAAUUUAUGACAGAGACUGUUCCUGGGAUAUCUCUUUUUCUGAAUCCUAUGCUGGACUACCUUCCAACUUGGCAGAAGAUUUAUUUCUACAACUGGAGUUCCUAAAAGUUUGCAAGUGAAUUCUCCAUGCAAGAGUCAUUCAGGGGGAGGUCCAAAUUCUUCUAACCGUCAUAAUUCUCAAGACUGACUGGGACAGAAUUUCUCCUUACAAUAUCAAAACAAAGGCAAGAGGACAAGUGAUGAAAAUGGAGGAGUAAUCAUAGGUCAAGUGACUCCUCUCAUUGCUCUUAACUUGACUGUCCUUUAUACAAUGAUCAAGAUCGUAUAUAUACCUUACCAUAAUCGUUAUUAGUUAUUUUACUUUAACUCAGGAAAGAAGAUUCACCACACAAUUGAGUAACUAUAGGAAGUGUCCGUUCAGUCACUGUGGUAACGUUAUGUAGCCCAAUACACUAGAGAAAUAAAGAAAAAUAUCAGCUGGGAGAUUAUUGGUUGAUCCAAAACCAAGUUCCCAGAACUAACAUCACAACAAUUGUAUGGUAAGCCGGAAGGAGAAUUUGGAAUGAGAUCCUGGGAGUGAAAGGAUUAACAGCCAUAUUAGGGAACUCAGCUGAUAGAGAGGGAUACACUAUUGUAAGGAUUUCUCGAGUUGAUUGCACAAAGGUGGCUUGGACGCCAUAUCAGAGUGCCUUCAAAUAAAACUUUGUUUAGUACCCCCACCCAAAUUCUUGUUACUGCUACCAGUAGCUUUAUUGAGAUCCCCCCCCAUACACAC